AUGAUAUUUGGUACACCAAAUAGUACAUACUUGGAUGGUGCCAUGUCUCAAAUGAGACUCAACAGAGACAUUACAUCUGGGGAAGUGACACCUGUUGUUGAGCCAAAUGUUGCACUCUUUGAUAUUGGUUGGGAGGUUGCCAAGAAGGUCGGUGGUAUCUAUACUGUACUAAAGUCAAAGGCACCUGUAACAGUUGAAGAGUUCAAAUCAAGAUAUGCAUUGAUUGGACCAUACUCACCAGAGACGGCAUCAACAGAGUUUGAACCGCUUGUGCCUGGUCCUUUGGUGUCACCUGUCAUUGAUAAUAUGAUGAAGAAGUAUGGCAUUCAGGUACACUUUGGCAAGUGGCUAAUUGAUAGUUAUCCAAAGGUCUUCUUGAUCGAUCUGAGGAGUAGCUUCCAUAAACUGGGCGAGUGGCGCUGGGACUUGAUGGCUGGCUUUGAGCAGCCAAACGACAACGAGACCAAUGAGGCCAUUGUCUUUGGUUACCAGGUGGCUCUGUUCCUCAAGGAGUUUGCCGAAGCUAGCUCUGAGCGCUACAUUGCACACUUCCAUGAGUGGCAGGCAUCGGUCGGCCUCAUCCUAUUGCGCAAAUGGCGUGUGCCCAUCGCCACCAUCUUCACCACACACGCCACGCUGCUCGGUCGCUAUCUGAGUGCUGGCGGUGUGGACCUGUACAACCAGAUGCAGUACCUAAGCACGGACUUUGAGGCGUCCAAGCGUGGCAUCUUCCAUCGUCAUUGGAUCGAGAAGAAGUCGGCGGCGGACGCACAUGUCUUCACGACCGUGUCCGAGAUCACGGCGUAUGAGUCCGAGCACAUACUCCAGCGCAAGGCCGACGUAAUCCUCCCCAAUGGCCUCACGUUGGACAAGUUCACAGCGCUGCACGAGUUCCAGAACCUCCACGCCAAGUAUAAGAGUGUGUUGCACGAGUUUGUCCGCGGACACUUCUAUGGCCACUACGACUUUGACCUGGAGAACACACUCUACUUCUUCACAGCUGGUCGCUACGAGUACUACAACAAGGGUGUGGACAUGUACUUGGACUCGCUGGCUGGCCUCAACAAGCUGCUCAAGCAAUCUGGCUCCAAUCUCACUGUGGUCGCAUUCAUAAUCAUGCCAGCCAAGACAAACAACUUCAACGUCGAGUCGUUGAAGGGUCAGUCCUAUCUCAAGGACAUGCGAAGGACUUGCAACUCACUGGUCGAGAGCAUGGGUGAGAGGAUCUUUGAGGCCACCUCUCGUGGCAAGGUCAUCUCACCCGAGGAGUUGCUCACCCAGGAGGACCUCGUCAAGCUCAAGAGAAGGAUAUAUGCACUCAAGCAGAGGCCAUCUCUGCCUCCAAUCGUAACACACAACAUGGUCGAUGACUAUAACGAUCCAAUACUUAAUCAUUUGCGAAAGAUACAGAUGUUCAAUGGACACGAGGACAGAGUCAAGAUCAUAUAUCAUCCAGAGUUCCUCAACUCGACCAAUCCACUCAUACCCUUGGACUACACAGAGUUUGUUCGUGGAUGUCAUCUUGGUGUCUUUGCAUCAUACUAUGAGCCAUGGGGCUACACGCCAGCCGAGUGUACAGUGCUGGGUGUGCCAUCAGUCACAAGUAACCUGACAGGCUUUGCCAACUACAUGAGACGUGGUCUGGCCGACCCAGACUCCAAGGGCAUCUUCAUCGUGGACAGACGAUUCAAGUCACCCAGCGAGUCAGUGGAACAGAUGACCGACUACUUGUGGAAGUUCUGCCAACUGGACAGACGUCAGCGUAUUGAACUUAGGAACAAGACAGAGAAGCUGUCCGAGUUGCUUGACUGGAAGAGUCUGGGCAAGUUCUACUCGACCGCGCGAUCAUUGGCACUAGAGCGACAGUUCAACUCUCCCUCGUCCGAGACAGUUACUCCAUCAGCGCCAUCCUCCCCAAUGCCAACUGUAUCAAUCUAUUCGCCACCACUUCAAUCGACCACAGCUCCAUCAUCAUUAUCGUCUUCGUCAUCGACAACCCCAGUCCCAGCACCAGUCAUUGUAACUCUGGCCAGCUCUGACCGAUUGCCCAUCGUUGGAAGCAGUCCAAACACCAGAGUCGACGAUCAAGAUAAGGACACUCCCAAGCCAAACAACGUCCAAGUCACUCCAGUUGCUAUUGAACCUGUUGUAUCAACCCCAACACCUAUAGUAAUCAAGAAGGUUUCGGCCACUCAGUCAACAAGUUCAACAGUACCUGUGGCUGUACCAACUCCAGUGGCUACACCAACCCCUGUGACUACACAAGUGGCUGCACCAGCCCCAAAGGCUACACCAACCCCUGUGACUUCACCAGCCCCAGUGGCUACACCAACACCAGUGGCUGCACCAACCCUUGUGACUGUACCAACUCCAGUGGCUACACCAGCCCCUGUGGCAGCAGCAAAGGCUGAUACAACAUUUGUACCAACAGUUACAUCAUCAGCAGUGCUGUCACCAUCAUCAAAGGUCGAGGAGAAGAAGAAGGUGACGAUCCAGCCAAAGAUAUCAUUGCUCACUGAUAGUUUGAGGGCAGCGGCAUCUUCCAAAACCACGCCACAAUCACCAAACGUUUCCCUUGGCAGUCCAGUCAAAGCAUCCAGUCCAGCAUCAACCACCACUACCACUACUUCCAAGCCAUCAUCAUCAACAAGCGUCUCAUCCUCAUCCUCAUCCACAUCCACAUCCACAUCCACAUCCACAUCCACAUCCAACUCCACUUCUUCACAGACUUCCUCCUCAAGCAGAAGUAUAAGGAAAUAA